AUGCCGAAGAACAAAGGAAAAGGAGGAAAGAACAGGAAGCGAGGCAAGAACGAAGCGGAGGAUGACGUGAAGAGAGAGCUGGUUUACAAGUCCGACGGUCAGAAAUACGGUCAGGUCCACGGGAUGCUCGGCGAAGGCCGUUGGCACGACGACAAGGUUGACAUCAUCUACAAGUAUACGACGGACGAGUCUAGGUCGUUGAAGGCCGACAAGCAGCUGCCCGAGAACUUCCGAAUCAACGUGGUUACAAUCGUCGGCGACGACGACGACGACACCGAUCCUGAUGUUCACUACGUUGAUUACGCCGACGAAUGA